AUGCGUCGACAAUUGGAUGGUUUUGAUAGCCCUUGCAUUUCAGAACGGGAGUAUGUAAAGCUUCAGUACGGCCGUAAAAUCGCUCAGGAUACUUGUCUCCUAGCCACUAUGAAAACUCCAGACUGGUCACACGGAUUUCCUGCAUUUAUUGGCAAACACAAUAUAGUUCCAUGCACUGUAACCACCAAUUCUGGCAAUUCCACUCUAAAAAUGUAUCCUUACUCGGUGUAUUCAUGUGCUUGUCAGUCGGAUCUCAGUCGAUGUCAUAAAUAUCGGUCGAAUUACUUGAGACAUCGUUGCCUGUCUGGUCCAACAGUUGCUAUGCUACUUCCAACAGCGGGACACGAAUCCACACGCACUACUGUCCACCCCUCAGUAUUUGAAAACUGUGGUCGCGGAGUAAUAGAUCAAUCUAUUCCGUUGUCUCAUAUAAUAAUUUCACACUCUCCAGGACCGAAGAUGACGUCUAAUUUAUCACAUCUGAAUAGAUUCGUUGGCAUCCUGGAUCGUUUGAACGCAUUUCAGUAAGAUGCGGGCUAGAUUCGCUGAUGUAAUCCUGUACUUAUUUCAGCAUAAUACAAUUCCUAAUGUUAUUUUUAUUCUAACGCAAUUGCUGGUGAUUCUAGUUCCGGUGUCGAUAUAAAUACAGUACUGUUACCAUGGUGUUUUUAUUUCUG